CUUUGGCGAUCAGCCUUCUUUAUAGUCCAGCUCUCACUUCCAUACAUCACUACUGGGAACUGUGGGAAUGUGCUUAUCUGGCCAGAGGAUGCCAGCCACUGGCUGAAUAUCAAGGUCAUUAUCCAGGAACUGCUGCAUAGAGGUCACAAUGUCAGCAUCCUAGCCCCAUCAGCGUCCAUCUUAAUCGAACCCAGUGAAGAUAUAUCAGCUGCCAAGUUUGAGGUGUUCCCUGUGCCCUAUGGAAAGGAUGAGGCCCAGUCGUUCUUUGAGGAAUUCGUCACGUUGCUGCUGGACCACAAGCCAACUGCUCUGACCUUCUACAGGUUCUACCAAGAGAUGCGAAAGAUGAUGAGGAAAGUACAUGAGUUCCAUAAGUUCAAGUGUGAAAAUGUGCUGGCCGAUCAGGAACUCAUGGCCCGCCUGAAAAAGAGCAACUAUGACGUGCUCCUUGCAGACCCUGCGACACCCUGUGGCGACCUGAUUGCUGUGAAAAUGGACAUCCCGUUUGUGUACACCCUGCAGUUCACGCCAGGCUUGACAGUGGAGAGACACUGUGGCAAGAUACCUGCCCCUCCUUCCUAUGCCCCGGCUGUCUUGUCUGGGCUCACGGACAAAAUGUCAUUUGGAGAAAGGGUGAAGAAUAUAAUAUCUUACCUCGUGCAAGACCAUGUUUUCCAGACCUGGUAUGGAGAUUGGGACUCUUAUUACAGUCAGGUUUUAGGAAGACCCACAACUCAGUGUGAAGUGAUGGGGAAAGCGGAAAUCUGGUUGAUCCGUACCUACUGGGACCUUGAAUUCCCACGGCCUCUCCUACCAAAUUUUGAGUUUGUAGGGGGUCUGCAGUGUCAGCCAGCCAAGCCUUUGCCAGAGGAAAUGGAAGAAUUUGUCCAGAGUUCAGGGGAACAUGGCAUUGUGGUGUUUUCUCUGGGCUCUCUUGUUGCAAACUUAACGGAUGAAAAGAGUAACAUCGUUGCAUCGGCACUUAGCCAGCUUCCACAGAAGGUUCUUUGGCGCCACAAAGGGAAAAUACCAGAAACUUUAGGUGCCAACACCAGGAUUUAUGACUGGAUACCACAAAAUGAUCUUCUUGGACACCCCAAGACCAAAGCCUUCAUAACACAUGGUGGGAUCAAUGGGAUUUAUGAAGCAAUUUACCAUGGCGUUCCCACAGUGGGGAUUCCCAUGUUUGCUGACCAGCCCGACAAUAUUCAGCACAUGAAGGCAAAGGGGAUGGCCGUGGGCCUGGACAUCCAGACAAUGGAAGCCGAAGAUUUAGUGCAUGCAGUGAAGGCUGUCAUUCUCAACGCCACAUAUAAGGAAAAUGCGUUAAGGCUAUCACAGAUCCACCAUGACCAACUGUUAAAGCCACUGGACCGGGCUGUUUUUUGGAUUGAGUUUGUCAUGCGCCACAAAGGUGCCAAGCACUUGAGAGUAGCUGCCCAUCACUUGACCUGGUACCAAUAUCACUCCCUGGAUGCCAUUGCCUUCUUGAUCGGUUGCAUGGCAGUCUUCACAUUCAUUGCUGUCAAAUGCUGUUUAUGCUGCUUAUUGUAUUGUCGGAAACGUGUUCGGAUCAUUAUGAAGACGAAAACAGAAUAG